CAACCAAAGCCCACAUUCCAUGACUUCAUGCGGCUUCCGCGUGAGCUACGUCUUAUUAUUUGGAAAUUCUCGCUCCCAGAUCGGCUCGAUGAGAUCAAGUUGGCCCCCUACCGCAGGGCCAGCAAUGACCCAGCCAAGCCAAAGUUCCUACCCGCGUUAUGCUAUACAUCGAAAUACACCACCGAAGAAACCAUCGGAGUAGUCAUCGAGAGCUCCCAGUUCACCGUGGAUUUGCCAAAGGACAGAACGUUCCUACGAGCCUUCUUAGCUGCUGCACCAGGGCGCUUUGGACUCUGUCGACGCCUGAACUUCGACUGCUCCCUUGAGUAUAACAUGGAUUUGUCCAAGAAUCGAAAUCUCGAGCUCGCAGCGAGGUGUAAGGGUUUACGCUCCAUCAAGCUCAACUUUCACAUCAAUGAGCUGACGUAUCGGUAUUCCUCCCCGACCCGAAUACUUCACAACCCGGCUGACCUUUUCGCCAAACACAACCUUGCGCGGUUGUUUGACUGUAAGAUGCUCACCAAGGUUAUCAUCCAGCAUGGUGGGUACUUCACGCCCUUGGGCGACGAGACAAUAGAAGGUUUGUGUGAGCUACUGAAGCAGGGAUUCGUGAAUAUGUCUCCAAAGCAUGUAGUUAAGGUUGAGUCCACUCGAAGAGGGGCUCCCUCGCGGUAUUUCUCAAUCUGGUACUAG